AUGGAUAAUGAAUUCAAUCGAUAUUAUAUAAAAAUUCGAACUAUUUUGGGAAUAGAUCCAAAGACAAUUCAUGAAGAACUUGUAACAGCUUUGGGACCCAACGCUCCAUCAUAUACAACAGUUACAAGAUGGGCUAAACGUUUUCGUGAAGGAAGAGAAGAAAUCAAUGAUGAUCCUCGAUUUGGUCGUCCAGUAUCUGAACUUACAGAUGAAAAUAUUGAACUGGUUCGACAAGUUAUCAGUAAUGAUCCACAUUCAACUUAUGAUGAAAUUAUAGCUGAGACUUCUCUCUCUCAC